GUUUUGCUGCCGCUGUCGCUGCUGCUUCUCCUGUUGCGUGUUGAUUUGGCCCACCAUCGCCGCCUACUCCCCCAGAAACGACCCCUAAUACUGCACGACAGGGCCACCCACGUGCUUUCGUUCUUGUUUUUCUUCGGUGUCAAUCUUUGUUACGAGCAGAAAGUUGAUCAAAAUGGCGGCUGCUCAAGUAAUAUCCAAUUCUGGACACGAUGAGAUGAUUCACGAUGCCGGGCUGGACUACUAUGGCCGCAGAUUGGCAACAUGUUCGUCGGACAAAACGAUAAAGAUCUUUGAAAUCGAAGGAGAGACACAUCGGUUGAUUGAAACCUUGAAAGGGCAUGAAGGAGCUGUGUGGUGCGUGGCAUGGGCGCAUCCUAAGUUCGGAACUAUUCUCGCCUCCUCCUCGUACGAUGGAAAGGUACUCAUCUGGCGCGAACAACACCAGAACACUACAUCACCCGUCGGUGGCGGCGCUUGGACAAAGGUAUUCGACUUCUCUCUCCACACUGCCUCAGUGAACAUGGUUUCUUGGGCUCCACAUGAGAGUGGCUGUCUCCUGGCCUGCGCCUCUUCAGACGGGCAUGUCAGCGUUCUCGAGUUCCGAGACAACAGCUGGACUCACCAGAUCUUCCACGCCCACGGCAUGGGUGUGAACUCUAUCAGCUGGGCACCUGCUGCCACCCCUGGUAGCUUGAUCAGCUCCAAUCCCGGACCGGGUCAACAGCGGAGAUUCGUCACCGGCGGAAGUGACAAUAUGCUGAAGAUCUGGGACUACAGCCCGGAAACUAAGGCCUACAACCUCACGCAGACUUUGGAAGGCCACUCCGACUGGGUCCGAGACGUCGCUUGGUCUCCUAGCAUUCUUUCUAAGUCCUACAUCGCCUCUGCCUCCCAAGAUAAGACUGUUCGGAUCUGGACCUCCGAUGCGUCAAACCCUGGUCAGUGGACUAGCCAGCAACUCGAGUUCGAUACUGUUCUCUGGCGGGUCAGCUGGAGCCCUAGCGGGAACAUUCUUGCCGUGAGCGGCGGCGAUAACAAGGUUAGCCUGUGGAAAGAAAACCUCAAGGGGCAAUGGGAGAAGGUAAAGGAUAUUGAGGAGUAGGCUUGAAUAUUGCAUUUCUUUCUAUCUUCCGUCAUUCUUACUAUGUGCGAUAAUGGAUGAACUGGGUGUCUGGCAUGCAUGUACUUCAUCCGACCCAGAUAUUGCUUGUCAAAAAUCAAAAGGAGCUCAAAAACAGGUGAAAGGUUAUGGUUUCCAGAAAAUGAAGGGGCCUCUAUCCGC